AUGAACAACAUUGACGACGAAUAUGAACGGUUUGUAGAACAUCUUUACGACUCUACGAGGAAAGCGAAGAGUUUCAAAACCACCAAGAGACGCCAGCCUCCGAAAACUCUGAAGCUGAUACCUCAGCGUGGAGCUGCACGAGCUGCAGGCAACCAAGAACUCACAUACGAACUCGCAUGGCUUUGCAGAGAGGCGUUAAAGGAAGAGCUCAAACAGAGAAGAGCAGAAGUGCUGGAUGAAGCUGCAGAGGUGGGACAGAUCAUUCGCUAUGCCCGUCAGAACUUCGCUAAUCGUAAAACAAUAAUGACUCCUCUCCGGACCACAGAUGGAACAACUACAGAAGAGGGACAGAAAUAG